GUAUUUCCUACAAUGUAAAUGGCAAUUGAUAAAAAGUUGAACAAGCCAAAUUCUCGUUUCCCAAAGCCAAACUGCGUGAUUCCACCACCACCUACGCCCGCCGCCGCAGUCAUUCGCCCCCCACACCGGAAUCCCACCACCACCCUCCACGCAUGAACUCUCAUCUUUCACCAUGGCCGGCGGAUCGCUGAGGAAAAAAUCUAUGAAGCGAUCAUCAUACCUCACUAAACCCAGUCACAAUUCGAUGGCGCGUUCUACGCCGUCGUUUCCUCGGGGGAAGUUCUCUUUGGUCAUUUCAGCUGUUUCUAUUUUGUGCGUUUUUGUUGUACUAAGCAUUUCGACUAACAUCUGGAGCGUGUUUGGGUCGAAACCUUCCUCGAAUCCAAAUCAAGCUCUCUUGGAUCAAAUUUACAAUGUAGAAGUGGUCAAUGAGUUCCCCCACGAUCCUAAUGCCUUCACUCAGGGGCUAUUGUAUGCAGAAAAUGAUACACUCUUCGAAUCAACAGGUCUUAAUGGACGUUCAUCCGUUCGGAAAGUCGCUCUUCGGACAGGGAAGGUUGAGGCUAUUCACAAAAUGCAGAAUUCUUACUUUGGAGAGGGUUUAACUCUUAUCGGUGAAAGGUUGUUUCAAGUUACUUGGUUGGAGAAAACUGUUUUAGUAUACGACCGAAAUAACCUAAGCAAAUUUAGGAAGUUCACUCACCAAAUGCAAGAUGGCUGGGGGUUGGCAACUGAUAAGAAAGUUAUAUUCGGAAGUGAUGGAUCUUCAACCUUGUAUCAGAUUAAUCCUCAAACAUUGAAAGUCAUUGAAGCUCACACUGUCAAGUACAAAGGAGAUGAGGUUCACAACCUCAAUGAACUGGAGUAUGUGAAUGGCGAAGUAUGGGCAAAUGUUUGGCAGACCGACUGCAUUGCUAGAAUAUCAAGUAAAGAUGGUGUGGUGAUUGGAUGGAUUCUCCUUCCUAAUUUGAGGAAAGGGUUGAUUGCAGCUGGCGAAAUGAGUAUCGAUGUCUUGAAUGGCAUAGCAUGGGAUGAAAAAAGAAACCGUAUUUUUGUGACGGGAAAGCUUUGGCCAAAGCUAUAUGAGAUCAAGCUUCAUAAAAUGAAGACACCAUUUAAGGGAGAUAUUAAACGUCUUUGCAUGCCAAUGCCAGUCCAUUUCAGGAAAACAUAGAAGAGAUGCAGGUUGCAGCGUUUUUAACAUUUUUGCAACGGUAUAAUCGUUUUUCUUUCAAACUUGGUAACUGGCAUAUAAAAUUUGCAGAUCGAUAUAGAUUUGUGUACCUGUGGAUCACAUGAGAUCCUAUUUCUCUGGUCAAUCUUGCCAUGUAAAACAUAUAUAUUCGUGUACAUGUUGAAGAAUAUCCAGACGAAAUACACAGGUUGUACUGAUUUUUUCUCGUUGGUAGUUGAAAGGAAAUGAAACAUGAUAGUGAACUACACGUAGGUGUGUCAGUCGGCAUCUAUAUGAUUAGGGGAGGAGGUGAAGCUAGGAUUGUAGGGUUGUGGGGGCAAAAUUGAAAACUAUAAGGAAUUUUUUGAAUAUCUAUAAUUUAAAAUUUAGACUC